AUGGGUAGGGAGGCCCUCAGGCUUGGCGGAAGCGAACUGCACCACUUUGUGCUUGCGGCUUCCUGCUUCCUUGCUGCCAGCGAAUCAGCUGCUGGAGAUGAAGAGGCCAUGCAGGAGGGCGGUAGUGUCGUCACUCCCGCCCAGGUGCAGGCCGCACUGCGCGCCGCCGUCAAAGCGCACAAGCGCUUCACAGAGAAGAAGCAGUGGAAGGACCUUACCACGAAGGCCUCCGCUGCCACGUCAUCUGCGAUGCAGUGCACGGCCCACCACGGGCUGGCCACCGAGCAGCCGCUCUACGUCUGCACCCGGUGCACCGACACCACCGACCUCGCUGGCGGCGGGGACCCGGACGGAGCCUUGCCCGUCGUGUGCGGCCCGUGCGUGCGCCGGUGCCACAUGCACAAGGAGCAUCCCAAGAAGGGCCGCCUGCCCCGGCACAUCCUGCCCAUCGCCCGGUCCAAGCGCAACGCCAUUUGUGAGUGCGGAACGGCCAAGUUCGAUGGCGCGAAGCAGGAGGAGUGCACGCUGGUGGGGACGGACUCAAAGAGCGAUAUGGCGUGGCUCAACGCGCCCGACCGAAGUUUCACCCUUGAGUAUUGCACGGACAAGUGCACGGAAAGCCACCGGGUCAAGCCCCGCCACUGCUGGGAUGACGAGGACGAACUCGUCGCCUGCGUCUACUGCCGGACCGACUUUCACGCUGACUGCGUGGAAGCCGAGGAUCAGAAGAAAGAGGAGUUUGUGUGCGGUGCCUGCUUGGCGGACCGGGUGCCUCACCUUCAGGCCUACCUCCGAACGCCCAAGGGCGAUCACGGACCACGAGUGUUGGGCAGGAGCUGCCUUGGAGGCUGCUUCCUCAUCAAGUCGUGGCGCCAGGAGAUCAUCAAAGACGAGCGGGAGAUCAUGAGGCGGACAGCGGAGGUGGUCCGUUACGGCCUGCGCCCUCUCGCCGUCGUGCUCUCCGCACUGACGGCUUCCACCGAAUCAAACGCGAACAGCGACGACGAUGACGAUGGCGACGACGACGACGAACUCGAGUGGGCCGCGCGGGCUGACGAAGCCGUCUCGUUGCUCACCUCCUUCGUCAAGAUCGGGGACGACGACUACACCGACUACGCAAAGCAAAUCCGACAGGAAGCACACAAGGCGGGCCUGCCCGCUUUGCUCCUGUCGCUCCUGUUGCGCUGCCGGGCCGUGCUGGUUCAGUCGUCUCGCGCCGCUCAGGCGCAGCGGAAGAAGCAGCAUCAGCGCAAGUACAAGGCCAGACAGGAGGAGGCGCGAAGCCUGGCCGCCACCAUCUGCGCAGCGUUGACGUGGACUCUGAAGGAUGAAGAAGUCUCUGUCCGCCGUACUGCUCGACCUGCUGUCGCACGAGAUCGACGCGGACGAGGACGCGGGCAAAGCCAGUCUAUCGCUCAACGCCGCCUCCGCUCUCGCCACGUGCCUCAUGAACUGUACCUUACAUUUUUCCCAUCCUCGCUCUUCCUCUUUCGCUCACACUCAAUCGUCUGGGGCCAGCUCUAG